AUGAGUAUCACCUCCGUCACUGCAACACAAAGGCUGGAUUCACGCGGCAAUCCAACUAUUCAAACUCGCAUCGUCACGUCAGCCGGAACCUUUUCGUCUUUGGUCCCAUCUGGAGCCUCCAAAGGCGACUACGAAGCCGUCGAACUACGAGAUGGCGACGAACAAAUGUACCAUGGACAAUCUGUCCUCAAAGCCGUUCGCAAUGUCAAUGAAAUUCUCGGUCCUGCUAUCUGUAAAGCUGGAUUCAGCACCACGACGGAUCUCAGGAAGAUUGACGAACUCAUGAGAAAUCUUGACGGCACAGACGACAAGAGUAACCUCGGAGCCAAUGCUAUACUCAGUAUCAGCAUGGCCGUGGCAAGGUCAGGAGCAGCCGCUAAGAACAUUCCACUGUACGAAUUUAUCGCCAAUGAAGCAGCAUUGCCGACUGAUAACUUUGUGCUUCCUGUCCCCUUCUGCAAUGUUCUCAACGGCGGAGAUCAUUCCGGUAACCUGAUGGCCUUCCAAGAGUUCAUGAUUGCGCCUGUUGGAGCAUCUUCGACGACCGAAGCUGUUCAAUUUGCGGCCGAGACUUACGCCUCACUCAAGCGCGUCAUCGGCACAAAGUCAGGGAAGUCGGCUAUCGGGAUCGGAGAUGAAGGCGGUUUCGCUCCUCCUAUCUACCAUCCACAUGAGGCUCUCGAUCUUUUGACCGAAGCCAUAGAGUGCGCCGGUCAUACUGGCAAGAUCUUCAUUGGCAUCGAUCCUGCCUCACAAUCAUUUUUUGAGGAAGGUCGCUACAAUAUCGGUUACAAGACCGAGACCCCUGAAAGAUUGCAGCCAUCGGAACUGGCACAGUUAUACCGAUCCCUGCUAAGUUCUUAUCCCAUUGUACUACUCGAGGAUCCAUUCGGGCAGGAUGACUGGGAAUCCUUUUCUAAAUUUAACAAGGAUUGUACGAUCGAGCUGGUUGGCGAUGACCUCCUUGCGACUAACAUCAAGCGAAUCAAGAUGGCCAAGGAAAAGCGCGCUUGUAACAGUUUGCUUCUCAAGAUCAAUCAGAUUGGUACCAUCUCAGAAGCUAUCGAUGCAGCCAAACAGGCUUACGCCGACGACUGGUCUGUUUUUGUUUCUCAUCGCUCCGGUGAAACUACCGACGAUUUCAUCGCAGACUUGACAGUGGGUCUCCGCACGGGCCACCUGAAGUCUGGCGCUCCGUGUCGCGGAGAACGUGUUGCUAAGUACAACAGACUGAUGGAUAUUGAAGAUGAGCUCCGCGGACACCAAAAAUCGUUUGUCUAUGCCGGAGUCAACUUCCGCCAGGCUGUAAAACUAUGA